GGCACAUGUGCGAUUGACUGGUGACAGAAUGGAUUUACUACCGAAAAGUUCGAAGGAGUUUGCUGCCCCUGAGUACUGGGAACAGUUCUUCCGGCGCCGGGGCGAGCGGGCCUUUGAGUGGUACGGAGGGUACCUGGAGCUGUGCGGCCUGCUGCAUAAGUACAUCAAGCCCAGAGACAAGGUACUUGUAGUGGGCUGUGGCAACUCCGAGCUCAGCGAGAGGCUGUAUGAUGCGGGAUGUCAGAACCUGACUAAUAUUGAUGUAAGUGAGGUGGUUAUUCGUCAGAUGAAGGAACGAAAUUCCAGUCGACGGCCUAACAUGACAUUCCAGGUAAUGGAUGCCACACAGACAACGUUUGAUGACUCUUACUUUCAGACAGUGCUGGAUAAGGGGACGUUGGACGCCAUCAUGACAGACACAGAUGAAAGAACAUUAGAAACUGCAGAUAAAAUGAUGUCUGAGAUUGGUCGCCUGUUGACAUGUGGAGGGCGUUUCUUAUGUGUUUCUCUGGCCCAGGCCCAUGUCUUGGAGAAACUUGUUGGACACUUCUCACAGGGUGGCUUCAUGAUCCGUGUUCAUCAAGUCAUGCAGGGCAGCACCUCAGAAAGCGACAGCCAGUUUCCUAUGCCAGUGUUUGUCUUUGUGAUGACAAAGGUUCGGCAGAUAUCUGGCUUUCCUACAGUUUUAGAAAUGAUGCCAGAUGAGGAGGGAGGAAAACCUGCUCGCUGGGCAAGCCCUGAGGAAUUAAUGGAAGCUGUGAAAGAACGGCAACGUUAUGCAUUGAUUCGAAAUAGACUGAACCAAAACCAAAGUUCACAAGAGAUUUCACUAGACUUGUGUGAUGGGGAUUCCAGAAAAAGCCGUUAUACUUUUUAUAUUGUGGAUAAUCCAACAGUCAGACUAUCCCAUUCUAAUCAUUUUGCUAUCUUUAUCAUCCCUCAAGGAAGAGAAACAGAAUGGCUCUUUGGAUCAGAGCAGGGGCGCAGGCAGCUGUCAGGAAGCGUUGGGUUCCGCAGACUGAUAAUUGUGGCAUUGCACCGGGAUCAGCAAUACACAGACAUGAAAGCUAUUCAGUCAGAAUUGUCUGCAAAGGUUCUGGAACUAGCUCCUCCUGGUCUGCCAGAUCAUCAGCAGAUCCCUUUCCUGUCAGCUGGGGAGGAUAUUGGAGCACGCACAAUACAGCAUCGAGGCAAGAGUGAUUUUAGUGGGGAGUAUGUGGUAGAGGAUGUUAAAGGAGAUGGAAACAGCAGUUACCGACGUCUUAUAUUCCUCAGCAAUCAAAAUGUUGUACAGUCUGAGGCCAGAUUAUUACCAAUCAACACGCACAUAGGACAGAAGAAAAGAAAAGACAAAAAGAAACACCAGAAACCUGUGAAGGAUCUCGAACAACCCACUGUAACUAGGAUUGACAAAAGUUACCUCUGCUGUGAGCAUCACAAAGCAAUGAUCUCUGGGCUGGCAAUGCUACCUAACUCAGGAAUACUGCCAGAGUGCAAGACAUCAGUUCUGCUGAUUGGGCUGGGUGGAGGCAGCUUGUCCCUCUUUAUACAUGACUACUUCCCAGGUUCAAGAGUUGAGGUUGUUGAAAUAGAUCCAUCUGUGCUUGAUGUGGCCUGCAACUGGUUCAGCUUCUGUCAGGAUGAUCGCAUGAAAGUUCAACUCGCAGAUGGUUUAGUCCAUAUUAAUAGUUUGGCAGAUAGUGGUGAGGCUUGCUAUGACGUGAUAAUGUUUGAUGUGGACAGCAAGGAUCCCAGUGUUGGCAUGAGCUGUCCACCGCCUGCCUUUGUGGAAAAAAUAUUCCUACAGAAUGUUCACAAAAUUCUAAAUCCUAACGGUGUAUUCAUUCUGAACUUGGUAUGCCGUGAUGCAGUUUUGAGAUUAAAGGUGCUGAAUGUUCUCCGUGAAAUUUUCCCUUUGAUUUAUGCCCAGAAGAUUGAUGAAGAAGUCAAUGAGAUCUUGUUUUGCUGUGCAAAUUCAGAAAGGAAACUCAGCUCUUUAGAGCUAAAAGAACUGGCAAUGAACUUGGAGAAAAAACUUAAAAAGCCCGGGGUUCAAUGGGACAGCACUUACAGUCUGGCUGAGAUGCUGAAGUCCGUUCAGAUAGUUUAAAAAACUAUAUUUGGAAAUUUUCUUACAAAAAAUUGCAGCAGGGGCUGGCCCAGGGAUAAUUUAAAAAUGAUACUGCACACAUCCACAUGUUAAUGAAGCCCUUGCUUCUAGAUUAGGUGCGGUCAACUGGGCUACCUAGGCAUACCCACAAUGUGUUACACAUAAACUUUACCAAAUUGUGUUUAAACAUACCUGUAUGUGUUUAUAAAGAACCAAGUAUAUUUUCUUCAGUGAAAUGUUGGAUAACAAAUCAAAAAUGAACAUUACAAAUACAAAAUGGUCCAUCUAAAAGUUCCUGGUCUUCAAGGAAGAUACAUGCUAUUAAAGUGCCUGUCCUAUUAUAAAAAAAAAUCUCUGCCUUGUUCUAGGAUAACAUCUGGUGAGAGGUUUUUGUGUCUUUUAAUUGUUUGCCUUUCUGUUCUCUGGCCUCUUCUAACCUAGAUUACAAAUGAUGCUGGGUUUUUAGUUGUUAUUAAAUUCAGGCACUUUCGUAAAAUUUGUGCCCAUUUAAAUGAACUCCUAGUUUGAGACUAGAAAAUUGUAUUCUAAUCGAAUUUUUUAUGCUGCUUUAUGGUUUUUAAAUCAUUACUUUUUUGCAGCUUUGCUGUACUGAGUGAUAGUUUUUUUUUUUAAAGGAAAUAUUUUUCCCAAUAUUAGAAAAUAUGUCUUCUUCCUAUAAUAUUUAAUGUUGAAAUGAUGGGCUUACCCAAUCCUUGGUUCAGAGCAGACUGCAGCAGCAGGAUAGUUAGUGAGGGAAGAGUGGAGUUAAAUGCUACUGCACCUGCCUGGGCUUUUCUAAGUCAAGCUAAUUCUACUGGCUGCAAAGCACUUAACCCUGUGCUGUGUGUUUUCUUUCCCUGCUGAUGAUUUCUGCUAAAGCAAAGUGUAAAAAAAGGUCACCCUUUUCUCAAGAGGGGUAGGGCAAAUUUUAAAUGUAUGUUUUCUCCUACCAGGACAUCCCUUUUAAACUGGUUCUUUUCCACCCAUUCUGCUCAUGUAUAGACCUAAGGUAGCACCAGGCGUUAAAGUGAUACUGAAACCAAAACAUUUCUUUUAAAAAUAUGAACCUACUUCCAAACCUAGAUCAUGUUGACUGUUUUUUCCUAAAAGUCCUGUUUCUCUACAUAAAUCCUACUGAAGAUCCUGAACCCGACUGGCAGCCCGACUGUAGCUUCUCAAUCUGUCAUAAACUGGGAGGAUUCAGCUUGCCGUUUGCUUCAAAGAGUUCCCCCUUCCUCCCUCGCUCCUCGCAUUGUGAACUAAAUAGCAGGCAGGCUUGAUCUUUCCAUUGCCUGCCUGCCUGCUUCAGAGGGCUGCCCCCCCUUUCUGCUCUUCGCACAAAGAAUUUAAAUAGCUUUCCCGUGCCUGCCUGCUUCUAAGGGCUCUUCCUCCCCCUUCCCAUUACACAUAGACAACAGAGCUGAGCUUGUCACACACCGGCUGAAAGCAUAUUUAUUCACUUGGGAGGCAUUUAAAUUAAAACCUGAAAGAGGGGAACAAACAUGGCUGCUCCGUGGGCCUGUAAUUCAUGCUACCAUAAUUAUGAAGCGAAAAAACUUUGCAGAUUUAGUUUAUAAGGAAUUUAAAGCUGAUACAUAUUAAAACACAACAGAAGGUGUAAAAAAAUGUUAAUUGGCUGUCAGUAUCACUUUAAUACCCAGAGCUGAUUGGUUUUCAUUGAUUGUAGCAACUCAUAUAUGGCUACAAUAGGCUAAAUGGUGCAAGGAUGAACAUUGUAUGUAUGUAUGUAUGUAUAUAUAUAUAUAUAUAUAUAUAUACACUGCAAAUUGGGCAUGUUUUGCUGAAAGCCUUUUUAAAAAAAAAUCUCCCCCACACUAUACAUGAUUAAAAGAAGUUAGCACUUUGCUAGCAGAGUUAUGUGUGAAACUGGAGACUAACCAAAAAGUCAGAGCUUUGCUAAGGAACUUUGGUACCCUGGUCAAGGGUGCAAACCUGCAAACCACUUUACUCAUUUCUGGAAGAGUUAUUUGCAAUCAUACCAGAUUACACUGGAAGGAUUAGAAAGACCUAUACCUAUAUGGCUGCCCACAAUGUACCUUCUCUCUUUGGCAGAGCUGAUGCUCUAUUUUGUUCCUUCAGGUGCCAAUUCCCAGGUAGCACUGAGCCAGGCUGUAACAGAAACAUGCCUAUGAGUAUAGGGAUUGUGACUACUAGGGCAGGUGGUACUUCCUAAGGACCUUUUGUGUGUCACAUGCAUUUAAUUUCUUAUUUAGGUUUUUUAAUAUAGCAAUUCAGCCAGCGUAAAUUUAUCUCCAGUGAGGAAUGGAGCAUCUCAAUAUUGGUAUUAAAUGAUGUGUCCUUGAAAAUGCCUAGUAAUUCAUAAAACUUGCUGUUGCAAUAAACUCCACAGUUACUGGUA